GACAAAGUGGUGUGUAGACCUGGUAUCAUGCUGCCAGUGUGGAUGCCACUCAACCCUGCGGUGGGGGAGCAGACAGGGAGAGCUUUGAUCUACUUCCUCUGUCUCAUGUACAUGUUCCUGGGUGUGUCCAUCAUUGCAGACCGCUUCAUGGCAUCUAUAGAAGUCAUCACCUCUCAGGAGAAAGAGGUGACCAUCACUAAACCUAACGGUGAAACGACGGUAACGACAGUACGAAUCUGGAAUGAGACUGUGUCCAACCUCACACUCAUGGCCCUGGGCUCCUCUGCGCCUGAGAUCCUGCUUUCUGUUAUUGAGGUGUGUGGACACAACUUUAAUGCAGGGGAGCUGGGCCCGGGGACCAUAGUGGGCAGCGCUGCUUUCAACAUGUUUGUUAUAAUUGGUAUUUGUGUGUGGGUGAUCCCCGAUGGAGAAUCUCGCAAGAUCAAACACCUGCGUGUGUUUUUUAUUACGGCUUUCUGGAGUAUUUUUGCCUACAUUUGGCUCUACCUCAUACUGGCUGUCAUCUCACCUGGGAUUGUAGAGGUGUGGGAGGCCAUAGUGACGCUGCUUUACUUUCCCGUGUGUGUAAUCUUGGCUUGGAUCGCUGACCGUCGCCUACUCUUCUACAAAUACAUGCACAAGCGCUACCGUGCCGACAAGAGACACGGCAUUGUGGUGGAAAUGGAAGGUGACCUUACACCCAAAGGCACUGACGUGAUCAUGGAUGGAAAGUUCUCAGACGGCAGUUCGUGCCCUGGAAACUCCUCCAGUGUGACCGUGUCUGUGCAGACGGGCAAUGAACUAGACCAGAACAAAGAUGAGGUGGUCCGUAUCCUGAAAGACCUAAAGGAGAAACACCCAGACAAAGACCUUGACCAGCUGAUUGAGAUGGCCAACUACUCUGCUCUGGUUCAUCAGAAGAAGAGCCGCGCCUUCUACCGUGUCCAGGCCACACGCAUGAUAAUCGGUGCUGGAAACAUAUUAAGGAAACACGCUGCUGAGCACACACGUCGCUCUGGUACUAGAAGCCAUGAGGACAUGGCCACAUGCUCUCAUAUUUGUUUUGAAAGUGCGCAGUACCAGUGCACUGAGAACUGUGGUACACUGACCCUCGGGGUGAUCCUUGAGGGAGGCACAGGACAGAACACUUUCUAUGUGGAUUACUGUACAGAGAAUGGUUCUGCUAAUGCCGGAGCAGACUAUGAAUUUACUGAAGGGACCUUGGUGUUUAAGCCAGAAGAGACCCGGAAAGAGAUCAAGGUGGGCAUCUUGGAUGAUGACAUCUUUGAGGAGGACGAGCAUUUCUUUGUACGUCUUCAGAACCUGAGAUUAGACAAAGGUGGAAAUGAGGAGAUGGGAACUCCACCCAAGGGUAGACUAGUGGAGCCGUUGGUCGCCACCAUCACUAUCUUGGAUGAUGACCAUGCUGGCAUCUUCACCUUUGGUCAGCGGGUGCUGCGAGUGAGUGAGAGUACAGGCGUGCUGACGGUGACUGUAGUGAGGAACUCGGGCUCCAGGGGCACCGUUGCUGUGCCGUUCCAUACGGAGGAUGGCACUGCCAAGUCGGGAGUGGACUACGAAGAGACCAGAGGGGAGCUGGAAUUCACCAAUGAACAGACCAGUCAGACCUUACAAGUGCGUAUUAUAAAUGUGGAGGAGUACGAGAAGCAAGAAAACUUCUUCAUUGUGCUUGAGGAUCCCAAAUGGCUGAAGCGAGGAAUCUCAGCACUGCUGCUAAAUCAGGGUAAGAUAGGUUUGGGCAACCCCACCCCUGAGGAGGAAGAGGCCAGGAGGAUCUCAGAGAUGGGCAAACCCAUUCUAGGAGAGCAUAGUAGGCUGGAGGUCAUCAUAGAGGAGUCCUGUGAGUUUAAGAGCACUGUGGACAAACUGCUGAAGGACACAAAUCUGGCUGUGGUGAUUGGCUCUCACUCAUGGAAAGAGCAGUUUAUUGAAGCAGUCACAGUCAGUGCAGGUGAUGGAGAUGAGGAGGAGCAGCGAAUGCCGAACUGCUGUGACUAUUUCAUGCACAUAUUUUGCAUUUUCUGGAAGAUCCUGUUUGCCUUCGUGCCGCCCACUGGGUACUGGAAUGGCUGGGCGUGCUUCAUAGUGUCAAUCACUGUCAUCGGCUUCUUAACAGCCGUCAUCGGGGACCUUGCUUCCCAUUUUGGCUGCACAGUAGGCCUGAGAGACACUGUCACUGCGGUGGUGUUUGUGGCACUGGGAACAUCACUUCCUGAUACCUUUGCCAGUAAAGUGGCUGCUACUCAGGACCAGUACGCAGAUGCAUGUGUGGGAAAUGUGACAGGAAGCAACGCAGUUAAUGUGUUCCUGGGCAUUGGGGUGGCCUGGUCUGUGGCUGCCAUAUACUGGCAAGUCAAAGGUAAGGUCUUCCGCGUGGACCCCGGUUCGUUGGCCUUCUCCGUCACGCUCUUCACCAUUUUUGCCUUCUUCACUAUGGGAGUGUUGAUGAUACGCCGGAGACCGUCCGUAGGCGGCGAACUGGGAGGCCCACGGUCCCUUAAAAUCCUCACGUCACUGGUUCUCUUUGGACUCUGGUUCCUCUAUGUCCUCUUCGCCAGCUUGGAGGCCUACUGCCAUAUACAAGGCUUCUGA